GUGACAGCCUAGUCCUGCACAACGGAGGGGGUGGUGGUGGCCCUCGUCUGUGGCUCCCGUUUUACUUGCUCUGGACCUCGCAGCCAUGGAGGGACCCCAGGAGCUUCUGAGUGGGAAGCUCCGGCUCUGCUUCACCCCCGCUGCCCGGACAAGCCUGCUGCUUCUCAGACUCAACGACGGGGCGCUGCGGGCGCUGCAGGAGUGUCAGCGGCAACAGGUUCGCCCAGUGAUUGCUUUCCAAGGCAACCGAGGGUAUCUGAGGCUCCCAGGCCCUGGCUGGUCCUGCCUCUUCUCCUUCAUAGUGUCUCAGUGUGGGCAGGAAGGCCCUGGUGGUGGCUUGGACCUUGUGUGCCAGCGCUUAGGCAGAUCUGGGCCUAACCGCCUCCACUGCCUGGGCCCACUCAGGGAACGCCUCACCAUUUGGGCAGCCCUGGAUUCUAUCCCAGCCCCAUCUUCAGUUCAGGGACCCAACUUAACUGAAGAUGCCAGAGAUCAUAACUGGCAGAACAUGGGAGACGACUCUGAAGGAGACGCAGUUUCACAGCCACACAUGGCACUAGGAGAGGUGCCAGAUCCACUGGCAAGCAGCCAAGGACAGUCACUCCCAGGCUCCUCGAGGGAACACAUGGCACAGUGGGAAGGAAGGAACCAGACCCAUCUUCCAAACAGAGAGCCUAAUCUGGCACUGCCUUCCUCUGCUAGCCGGAAACAUCUGGAUAAGAAACGUCCAGCACCUGUAGCCACUGUGGAACUAAAAGAAAAGAGGCUCAGAACUCUGUCUCCAACACCAAGUCAAAACCUUCAGGAGGGAGAAGAUUGGGAGCAAGAAGAUAAAGAUGAAGACAUGGGCCCCAGGCUGGCACAUAGUCCCUCAGUUCAAGCAGACUCUGAAUCCCCAAGCCCUGAAGAAGUACCAGAUUACCUCCUGCAAUACAGAGCCAUCCACAGUGCAGAGCAGCAACAUGCUUAUGAGCAGGACUUUGAGACAGAUUAUGCUGAAUACCGCAUCCUGCAUGCUCGUAUUGGGGCUGCCAGCCAAAGGUUCAUAGAGCUGGGAGCAGAGAUCAAGAGAGUUCAGCGAGGAACUCCUGAACACAAGGUGCUGGAAGAAAAGAUAGUCCAGGAAUAUAAAAAGUUCAGGAAGCGGUGCCCAGGUUACAGGGAAGAAAAGCGUCGCUGUGAGUACCUGCAUCAGAAAUUGUCCCACAUUAAAGGUCUCAUCCUGGAGUUUGAGGAAAAGAACAGAGGCAGCUGAAGCUGUCAAAGGGCUCUUUACCCCUCUGGCUCAGUGUGAUAUGAAGGAACAAAGCAGCUACUAAGAAAUAGAGUGCAACUGUCUGCUCAUCUCAUUGCUGAGUCCAUGGUGGCAAGUAGGAGAGCUGCUCUAGGUUCUUAAAGUUUGCUUUUCAUUAUUGCCAUAUUUAAAAUGUAAGGGUGUGGGUACAGUGCCCAGGCUCCACAGCUGUGCCCAGGAGACUAGGAAAAAGUAGUAGAGGCCUGGCUUUUUCACCUUUAGUUCAGCCAAGUAAUUUUUCAAAUCCUGAGAAAUGACAUCAUUUCCAGGACAAUAUACCAUCAGGAUAUUAGGAUUUAGCCUGGUAGCCUUCCUAAGACAAUGAGAACUUUUAGUAACAGAGCUAAAGGAACUUGUGAUACAACUGGAUAUAAUGGGAAAGGGCUUGGGUGUCACCCAUGUACUGAAAAUGAAUUCUUUUACAAACAUAGCUAAAAAAUUAAAACUAAUUGUUUGUGUGUC